UUUGCCUUUGUAUCAUUCCUUGUUGUGAAAUGACUUCCAAGUCUGCCAAGCUCGCAUGUUAGCUCGCUAACGUUAGCUCGCUAUUUACUGAAUCAACUGAAAAUACUGUAGCUAGCUAGAUUGUUCACAAUCCGUUUGUAGGCUUGUAACUAGCGCAUUAGUCCCCCUUGCUCAGCAGGUUACCUUUAGACAACGUAGUCAAGCUGUCCUACGUAACGUUACACACUUCUAGCUACGCUAAUUAGCUAACCAGCUAGACGCGCAUGCGUGACAACAAGGCCUCCACCAUGGGUGAACCACAGCAGGUGAGUGCCCUACCUCCCCCUCCCAUGCAGUACAUCAAGGAGUACACUGACGAGAACAUCCGCAAGGGGCUCGCCCCCAAACCCCCUCCUCCCAUCCGAGACACCUACAUGAUGUUCGGCAACCAGUUCCAGUGUGACGACCUGAUCAUCCGACCGCUGGAAAGCCAGGGCAUCGAACGGCUCCACCCCAUGCAGUUCCACCACAAACGGGAGCUCAAGAAGCUCAACAUGUCCAUCCUGGUGAAUUUCCUGGAUCUCCUGGACAUCCUGAUCAAGAGCCCUGGCAGUAUAAAGAGAGAGGAGAAGCUGGAGGACCUGAAGCUAUUGUUUGUCCACAUGCACCAUCUGAUCAAUGAGUACCGUCCGCACCAGGCCAGAGAGACCUUGAGGGUGAUGAUGGAAGUGCAGAAGAGACAGCGCCUGGAGACUGCAGAGAGGUUCCAGAAACAUCUGGAGAGGGUCAUGGAGAUGAUCCAGGGAUGCCUGGCCUCCCUGCCCGAUGACCUGCUGCAGACUGAGGCCUCGAGUGGGGUAGGGGAUGGGGCGAGGGGUGGUGGAGCGUUGGGGUUGGCCGUCAGGCUAAAGACUGAGCCCAUGGAAGUGGAGGAGGCUGGGGCUAGCUGUAUGGCUGUUGGACCACAACAGGACAAAAGCAUGGCUGGUGCUGCUAAGAAGGACAGAGUAUGGGACAAGGAUGCAGCAAUGUGUAGUAUUAUUGACGAGAUUGCCUGAGUUUUGUAUUUAGGGCUGGGGUCUCUAUAGAAGGCUGCAAUGAUGAAGAACGUUCAGAUAGAAAUGUGUUCUGUAAAACAGAUUGUCUGUUGUGAUUCGAGUCCUCUUCAUUAUAUUUCUAUAUGUAAUGUUCAGAAUCAAAAUGAUUCACCUUGCUGAAUAUAGGUUUCUCUUGUUUUGGUAUGUUUGUUUUAUUGCUGUUAUUGGUCUGUUUUAAUUGUGUCGUAUGCUUCAUCUAGUUCUGAUCUCAUACGCUGUGCAGUUUUAUAGUAUUUUUCAUGGACUAUGAAGUGUCAUGGACAAUGAGAACACACCUUCUUUGUUCAGAAUUGUUUUGGGCUAUCAUUAACGUUUGGAUGCUCUUUAAAAUUCAUAAUUUGAUAAGUUAAUAAAGCAACUUCCAAGUCCUGUAACAUAAUUGAUUAAUUAUAUUUUAUAUGAUUCAUUUUCAUAACACAGGAAUGGACUGGUUAGGUAAUGUCCUGCUGAUGUCAUAACCUAAUGUGAUUGCAUGUCAGUGAUACUGCAACAGUCUUUGUUAGACGAAGGGUUUAGUCUGUGAAGCUUUGUGUGUAGCAGCUUGCUAUAUAAGCUUAUACUUGUAGCAAUGUGAGCUAAUGUCUCAGUCAGAGGCGUGCUACACUACCUCAGUCUCUGUCACUGUUUGGCUGGAGAGAGACAGAGGUUAGUGUGUUGUGACAUACAGACACACUUCGGGAUGAAGUUUCCCCUAGCCUAGUGAACAGCAUGAGCUGGUACACACCCAAACAUUUUAGUAGAUGGUGCUGACUGAGCAAGAGUAAACUGUAUAGAAAUAGUCUCUCACUAUGUAAAUGCUCCCAACAAUUUAGUGGGUAAAUCACAAACCUUUUGGCAACACAGUGCCCUGUACCCUAAAGAAGACACUGUUUCUGAAAUGGGAAUUUGCCCAUUCGAUUACUGUGAUCAUUUACAUAGUGUAUGACUAGGUCUGCUAUGUAACUACUAAAACAUGCAGUAACGUGAGAUUGCUCAUUGGUGGUGACAGACAAAGACAUUGAAACCUUAUAGAACAUGGGCUGAGCUAGUACUGCAGGCAAGCCUUUGUUGUGUAAGAUAAGGUGUGAGUCAGAGGAGGCUGGUGGGAUGAGAUACAGGAGGACACUAAUGGGUGGAAUGGCAUUAAUGGAAUGGAGUCAAACGUGGUUUCCAUUUGUUUGUGUUUGAUACCGUUCUAUUGAUUCCAUUCUAGCCAUUACAAUGAGCCCGUCCUCCUAUAGCUCCUCCCAACAGCCUCCUGAUUUGAGUAUGUUAGUACAUUAGUCCCAUAGACAGACAGAUACACUGAACCCCUAGGAUGAUUCUAAUUCCCUUAUUACGGCAUACAUACAAGCAUUGAAUUGAUGUGGUGUUCGUUUUGGAUCAAUGAGGACAGAUAUACCGCUGCCCGUGAAAUGUGAAUCUGAAUUUCCAUUCCUGUGUUAUGAAAACAUGUUUUGUUAUUGAACUUGUUGGGAAAUAAUUGCCUUGUUUUUCUGUAUUUAAUGUAGCCUAGAUACUACUAUCUCUGAUUCAACAUGUCUGUGAAGUCUGUAGUCACAUCAGACAUGUUUUAUUUCAACAGAAACAGAAAGCACAAUACAUUACCUAACCAGUCGGCCCUGUCUUUGUGCAGAGCAAUCAAAACAACACUACUGCCCCAGAUAUCGAGUCAGGAGAGGCCUACAUUUUCAAGUGGUUGCUAUAGAAUCAUAGACCGUCUAUGAAAGACAUAGGGGAUGCAUUAUGUGGGUCUGUAGAUGCUAGGUGGGAAGGCUGUUGUUCCGACAUUACUUUAACACACCUGAUUCAAAGAUUCAGCUAAUCAAGGCGCUGAGGAACCCAAUUGAUUAGCUAAAUCAGUUGUAUUAGCACUGGUCUGGAGCAUAAACCUGCACACCAAGUAGACUAGCUCAGCUUUCCAGGAGGAGAGUUGGUUACGACUGACCUGGGCUAAAGGCUGGGUGUCCUAUCAUCAGAUUGACUAUGUUUAGAUAUGUCGGUCUUUAAAUAAAUGGCCUUAUUGGCCUACCUACCUGCAUGUUGUAGGGAUGGCUCCAAUCCCUUUUUUGCGUCCCAAAUGGCAUAGUGCACUACUUUUGACCAGAUCCCAUAUUCCCUACAUAGUGCAGAGCCCUGGUCAAAUGUAGUGCUAAAUAUAGGGAAUAGCUCUCGAGUGGCGCAACAGUCUAAGUCACUGCAUCUCAGUGCUAGAGGUGUCAUUACAGACCCUGAUUUGAUUCCAGGCUGAAUCCCGUGAUUGGGAUUCCCAUAGGGCGGCGCACAAUUGGCCUAGCGUCAUCCGGGUCAGGGUUUGGCAGGGGUAGGCCGUCAUUGUAAAUAAGUAUUUGUUCUUAACUGACUUGCCUAGUUAAAUAAAAGGUUAAAUAAACAACAUAGGGUGCCAUUUAAAACACAACCCUUAUCUUGGCCAGAGACACACGCCCAGAGAUUUACCCCAAAACUGGAAAGGUGUUGUGAUGGAACAGGGAUUAAACCCUAAUUAGGCUAACCCUGACAUACAUAAUGUGUGUUUCCUGUGCCAUGGCAAACAAAGGGGGAAAGGUCAGAGAGUUUACAGCUUUAUUUAGACUAUUGUAGGACGAGGAGGGGGAGCUAGCUGAAGAACUGUACAUGGAACUGGUGCCCCUGUAUGUAGGCGUGCUACUAUUAUUUUAUUGUUGCGCCUUAAUUAUUUGUUAUUUUAUUUCAGUUUAUUUUAGUAAAUACUUUUAACACAUUUUUUUCUUAAAACUGUAUUGUUGGUUAAGGGCUUGUAAGUAAGCAUUUCACUGUAAGAUCUACGCCUUUUGUAUUCGGCGCAUGUGACAAAUACAAUUUGAUUUGGGUUAUAUGGGGAUGCCAAUUUAGCCUGCCCUGCUGUUAUAAAAGACGUAUGUUUGUUGGGUUUAAAGGAAGGCUGUAGUAAUCAUCUAAUAUGUUUGUUGUUGCACAAUCACUCAUGGACAGAUGAAACGGUGUGAACAUGUCAAGGCUCACAUAGAAUGAUGUGAUUACAAGCAGCAGUUGUUCCUGUU